AUGUUUCGGAUUGGUAUUGUUACGUACUUGUUUAGGAAUAAUGGUAGUCCUUACAUUGAUCAGGUGUAUAAAGUUGUCCCGGCCGACAAAUCGACAUGGCAGCAUUUGAGAUUUGAAAAUAGGGAAGCAUUUGUCAAGUUCUACAAAGACUUCGCACACUGGAGGGGUUUUGGAGUAAGACGUAUUGGAGAACAGACUCGAAAACCCAAAUAUCUUAAGGAACGGAAGGUGUUUUACUUUGGAGCACGGUGCAACAAAGAAGGGUUCAAAACAAGGAGCACGCUGGAUCCAAAGAAUGUCGGUGUUGUGGUAGACACAGAACCUAAUAAGAAGAGGAAGAGGGGCGAGACUCGUUUGGAUGUAAACAAAAUCCAAUCCGAGCUUCUUUAUUAG